UCCACACACACACACACACACGCACACACACACACACACACGCACACUCUCACACACACUCACACGCACGCAGCGCCCGGACGGACGGACGGCAGCCAGGCGGCCAGGCGUGCAGCUGGGGAGCGGGGAAGUCGGAGGCGGCGGCGGCGGCGGCGGCGGCGGCAGGCGUGCAGCGGGCACUGCGGGGCGCUCGAGCGGCAGGCGGAGCUGCCUUCCUUCUCUGGGGCUGGGGCGAGUGGCCGGCGCCGGCUCCUCCUCGUCGGGGCUGCUUCUUUUCCCGUGACCGGCAGCGGCGGCGGCGGCGUUGGCAGCGUUUAGCGGCGGCGCCUCUUCCUAAUUCCGGCUUCUCCUAGUGCAGGUAAAAGAAAGUCAAGCCGUGAUGGAUAUCUAUGACCCCCAGACCUUGGGAGUUAUGGUGUUUGGUGGAUUCAUGUUCAUUUCAGCCAUUGGAAUCAUCCUGGUAUCCACCUUCUCCAUGAAGGAGACAUCCUAUGAAGAAGCCCUAGCCAAUCAGCGUAAGGAAAUGGCAAAAACUCAACAUCAGAAAGUGGAAAAGAAAAAGAAGGAGAAACCUGUGGAGAAGAAGGGACGAAUGAAGAAAAAGGAGGAGAAGCCCAAUGGGAAAAUACCUGAACCACAAUUGCUUCCCAAUGUAACAGUCAUCUCCAAAGAGCCUGUACCUGAGAGAGGUGUGGUGGUGACUCCUAUUGUGGUAGAAACUAUCAAACCUUCUAAAUCUCCAGUGGCACCAGCAGCUGUACCACCACCAAAAGCAGCAGCAGGACACUCAACCAAAGGAACAGCAGCACCACCACCACCAUCAACAAAAGGAACUGCAGUAGCAUCACCUCCUCCAACAAAAGGAGCUGCAGCAACACAGCCAAACAAAGGAGCAGCAGUAGUGCAACCAAAUAAAGGAGGAGCAGCAGCAGCAACACAGCCAACUAAAGGAACUGCAGUGCAGCAAAUAAAAGGAGGAACAGCAGCAGCACAGCCAGCUAAAGGAAUUGCAGUGCAGCAGACCAAAGGAGGAGCAGCAGCAGCACCACAGCCAGCUAAAGGAACUGCAGUGCAGCAGACCAAAGGAGGAGCAGCAGCAGCACAACCAGCUAAAGGAACUGCAGUGCAGCAGACAAAAGGAGGAGCAGCAGCAGCACAACCAGCUAAAGGAACUGCAGUUCAGCAGACAAAGGGAGGAGCAACAGCAGCACAGCCAGGUAAAGGAACUGCAGUGCAGCAGACAAAGGGAGGAGCAGCAGCAGCAGCACAGCCAGCUAAAGGAACUGCAGUGCAACAAACAAAGGGAGGAGCAGCAGCAGCACAGCCAGCUAAAGGAGGAGCAGCAGCAGCAGCACAGCCAGGUAAAGGAACUGCAGUGCAGCAAACAAAGGGAGGAGCAGCAGCAGCACAACCAGCUAAAGGAGGAGGAGCAGCAGCAGCACAGCCAGCUAAAGGAACUGCAGUGCAACAAACAAAGGGAGGAGCAGCAGCAGCACAGCCAGCUAAAGGAACUGCAGUGCAACAAACAAAGGGAGGAGCAGCAGUAGCACAGCCAGCUAAAGGAACUGCAGUGCAGCAAACAAAAGGAGGAGCAGCAGCAGCACAGCCAGCUAAAGGAACUGCAGUGCAGCAAAAAAAAGGAGGAGCAGCAGCAGCACAGCCAGCUAAAGGAACUGCAGUGCAGCAAACAAAGGGAGGAGCAGCAGCAGCACAGCCAGCUAAAGGAGGAGGAGGAGGAGGAGGAGGAGCAGUGCAGCAAACAAAAGGAGGGACAGCAGCAGUGCAACCAAACAAAGGAGCACAACCAACCAAAGCAGUGCCACCACAAACAAAAGGAGCAGCAACAUCACCAGGAAAAACUGCAGCUGUGGCAGUGGCACCAUCAUCCCCAGUAGAGCAAGGGGCAGCAGCACCAUUAGGGAAGCGAGCUGCACGGGCUGCACGGGCGGCGGCGGCAGCCCAGGCAGCAGCAGUGCAGGCAGUACUGGUAACACCAUCACCACCAGUAGAGGAAGGGGCAACAGCGCCAGCACCAUUAGGGAAGCGGGCAAAACGGGCAGCUCGGGCAGCAGCAGCACAGGCAGCGGCAGCAGCAGAGGCAGCAGUGCAGGCAGUACCAAUAGUGCCAGCAUCACCAGUGGAGGAAGGGGAACCAGCACCAAUGGGGAAGCGGGCAAAACGAGCAGCUCGGGCAGCAGCAGCACAGGCAGCGGCAGCAGCAGAGGCAGCAGUGCAGGCAGUACCAGUAGUGCCAACAUCACCAGGGGGGCAAGGAGAACCAGCACCAUUGGGGAAGCGGGCAAAACGAGCAGCUCGGGCAGCAGCAGCACAGGCAGCAGCAGAGGCAGCAGUGCAGGCAGUAACAGUAGUGCCAACAUCACCAGUAGGACAAGGGGCACCAGCAACCUCAGGGGGUCGGGCAGCAGCAAGGGCAGCUCCAGCAGUGCAAGUAGCACCAGUAGUAGCUGUGGUAGCAAGUGCCCCUGCACCCCUGCAAGGGCAGCCUGCUUCAUCCCCUAAGGAAAAGAGGAAGAAGGAGAAAAAGGUGGCAAAGGUGGAGCCAGCACCCAGCCCUGUUGUGAGUUCCAUGCAUGUCCUUUCCUCCAAGUCCUCGGUGCUUGAAGCUGCUCCCAAAGAGGUCCCUGUGGUUGCUGUUCCUCCCGUUGGAACAAAGACCAGUGCCUCAGCUGCCAGCCUAGCCCAUGGCAAAAAGGCAGAAGUUAUCGUCAACCAUGAGGAGCCAAAACAUGAAGCCCCAUCAAAGAAGAAAUCUUCCAAGAAAAAGAGUGAGCCAACUCCAGCAGAUUCUGAUGGCCCCCUCUAUCUGCCCUACAAGACUCUGGUAUCUACCCUCAGAAGUACAGUUUUCAAUGAAGGAGAAGCCCAUUGUCUCAUCGAAAUCUUAUCCGAGAAAGCUGGUGUUGUUCAGGAUACCUGGCAUAAGGCUACUCAGAAAGGUGAUCCAGUGGCGGUUUUAAAGAGACAACUGGAGGAGAAGGAAAAGCUGCUGGCUACGGAACAACAAGAUGCCGCUGCUGCCAAAAACAGACUGAGGGAACUUAAUAAGGAGCUCGCAUCUGAGAAGUCAAAGGCAGCUGCUGGGGAAGCCAAUGUGAAAAAACAACUCUUGGCCAGGGAACAAGAGAUUGUAGCUGUAGAAGCCCGCAUGAAAGCCAGUUACCGGGACCAUGUCAAUGAAGUGCAGCAGCUGCAGGGGAAGAUUCGGAGUCUUCAAGAGCAAUUGGAGAAUGGACCAAAUACGCAGUUGGCUCGUCUACAGCAGGAGAACUCGAUUCUCAGGGAUGCUUUGAACCAAGCAACCAGUCAGACAGAGAGCAAGCAAAACGCUGAACUGGCCAAGCUCAAGCAAGAGUGCAGUAAGCUCACAAAAGAAGUGGCCGAAAAGUCUGACGCUGUGCAGCAGGAGGAACAGCAGAAGAAGACCCUAGAGAUCAAAGCUACAACCUUGGAGAAACAGGUCCAUCAGCUGCAGGUUUCCCAAAAAGAAAAGGAAGAUGCCCUCCAGAAGAGACUGGAUGAAGUGAGUGGAGAGCUUCGCAAAUCCCAAUCCAGCUACAAAAAUGUUUUGGCAGAUUUGGAGAAAGCAAAAGGAGAUCAGCAGAAUAUUGCUGAACUGCGUAGCAAAUUACAGUCCUCUGAAACAGAGGUGAAAAGCAAGUCUGAAGAGUUGAAUAAACUCAAAGGGAAGUUGUCGGAGUCUAGUACGGAAAAUGCAAAGCUCACUGAAAGGAUUAAAUCCAUCGAGUCUCUCUUGGAAGCUGGCCAGGCCAAGGAAGCCAAAGAUGCCCAGGUUAGCCAAACAGAAGUGGACCAGUUGCAAGCAAGGCUCAAAGAGCGUGAGGCCCAGGUCACAUCUUUGGAAAAGGAAGCAACGGAGCUGAAGGAGGCUGUUGAGCAGCAAAAGCUAAAAAAUAAUGACCUCCGAGAGAAAAACUGGAGAGCAAUGGAAGCUUUGGCAUCUGCUGAAAAAGGAUGUGAGGAGAAACUGAGUUCUUUAACCAAAGCAAAGGAAGAAGCAGAGAAGCAAUUCAACAUCACCCAGACAAAAACAAAAGAAACUCUUCUGUCCCUCUUCCCAGACAUCUCAAUAGCCACACAACAGAGUUAUGAUGGGUGGCUACAGGAAUUCAAAGAGAAGAGCACAGAAGCGGUCAAACAGAAAGCUCCUGCUGGGGAAUCUUUGGACUUAGCAUCUAAGUUAAAAGACGCCGAGGAAGCCCAAAGCACUUUACAGUCGGAAUGUGACCAGUACCGAUCCAUCCUCGCAGAAACGGAAGGCAUGUUGAAAGAUCUUCAGAAGAGCGUAGAGGAGGAAGAGCAGGUAUGGAAAGCCAAGCUCACGAUAUCAGAAGAAGAACUACAAAAGUCACAAAUCAAAGUGAAACAUCUCGAAGAAACCAUGGAGAAGUUAAAAGAAGACCUACAGAAUGCAACUCAGGUCAAAGAAUACGCCGCUCUCUUGGAGGCACGGCUAGAAGAGCACAUGUUAGCAUCCAGUGAAGAAUGUCAAAAGUACACAAAAGAGGUUGAGUCGUUGAGGGACCUUCUAACAGAAGCCCGAGAGCAGAUGGAUGCCACUAACAGUGAAGCACAGAAGCAGAGCAAGGAACUCGCACUGGUCAGGCAGCAGUUGAGUGAGAUGAAGAACCAUGUACAGGAUGGUGAAGUGGUUGGGUCGCAGGCUGACCUAACCGAGCAGGAACCUCUCGAGGUUAGGGCGCUGAAAACACGGCUGGAACAGACAGAAACCCUCCUAGAGCAGGAACAGAUCCAGCGGCAGAAGCUUAUAGCCGAGUUCGAGGAAGCCCAGAAUUCAGUGUGUAAUUUACAAGCAGAGUUGGAGAAGCUUCGAGCAUCCACCAACAUAGAGUCUUCAGAAACAGAGGAAGCUGUUCAGCUGAAGGAAAGGCUCGAAAAAGAAAAGAAGUUAACAAAGGAUUUGGGUCAAGCUGCUACCAAGCUCCAAGGGCUUUUGAAAAUGACCCAGGAGCAGUUAAUCAAGGAGAAAGAAAUGGUAAAGAAGUUGCAAGAGAAGCUUGAGAAAACGGAGGGCGCUGGUGGUACAAAGGAAGGGACCUCUGUCUGAAGCACCUCUGGGAUUAAAAAUUCCUUAUCCAACUUUACCAAAAUGCCUUACACAUUCCUUAAAAACAAACCAACCCGGGGCAGCUAGGUGGCACAGUGGAUAGAGCACUGGCCCUGGAGUCAGGAGGACCUGAGUUCAAAUCUGGCCUCAGACACUUACUAGCUGUGUGACCCUGGGCAAGUCACUUAACCCCAAUUGCCUUACCAGAAAAAAAAAACAAAAAACAAAAAAAAACAAACCAACCUGAAAAAAAAAAUACACACGUUCCACAUCCUGUAGCUAUGAGACGGAAGCCAUUAGUGAACCAGAACCUUUUAGAUUCACAAAAGACAUACUACAGGCACCACCUUUGUAAAGGAAUCUUUGUAAUGUUUUCUAAAACGGUAUUCCCUGGGGCAAGCCCUGGACUGUCAGGAAGCAGACUCCAAAGCCUUGAUUAAUUCUUCUGUAUGAACAGAACCCAUGAAUGUGUGAAACCGGGGGAUGGGGGGAGGGAGAGCGGGAGGGAGAAAGUCUAUGUAUCUGUACGUCAAUCAGUGCAAUUGUUUGUUGUUGGGGGUGGGGGUGGGGUGGGAGUGACUGUUUUGCAGAGUUGUUGAGAAUGGGGAGAAAGAGCAGGCUUGAGAGAGGGGGUUGUAAAAGAAGCGGGUCAUGAAGUUGCCAACAAGACCUGAUUGUGAAUUUCUGGAUGUUACUGCUAUUAAAACCAAUGUUGUAGCUGUCA